UAUAUAUGUGCAAUGUUUCAAUUUGGAUCCAAUCACUAAGGUGCUACAACGUGAUAUUAAUAUACACUUCUUGACAUAUUAUUUGUGAUCAAUUGUAACAAUCAUUAAUUACUUCAUUUCUCAUUACCAUUAUCAUUCAAUUGGAUUAUUUCACACACAAAUAGUUUUUAGAUCGAGAAAAAACUCGUUCAUAUUGUCAAAAUUGUUUCCUAUAGUUUUUUUUCUCUUAUUCCGCCGAUGUGUGAUUUACUAUCCCAACCACAGCAACAACAACAACAACAAAGACAACAAAGAACGGGACAGAAAUUAUCGGCUCGACAAUUAAACAAAAAUCAUCAUUUAUCAAUCAUAGAUAAUAAUAAUAACAAUAAUACUACUAUUAGUAAUACUACCAGUACUUCUACUGAAAUGUCAUCAAAUUUAUGUACAAAUUCAAAUCGUUUCAAUAAUUCAAUUAGCAAUGGCAAUCGUUCGUCAAAAUUGAAUCAACAACAACAAAAUACACAAAGACCUGAUAUAAAUUCUUUAGUUGAUGACGAUAAUACUACUGAUAGUAUUGGUAGUAAUAACAGUAGUAGUAUCAAGCAUACAUCAUGGUCACCAAGUGAAAGUUCCAAUAAUAAUAAUAAUAUCAAUAAUAACCGGGGAAAUUCUUCUUUAAAAGAUCAAAAUCAUAUUUCCAUAAAUGGGGAUUUACAGCAGCAACAACAAGGAAGAUGUUCAACGAAAAAUGAAGCAUUGAAUCCAUUGUCGGAUAUGAAUAAUCAAUGUCCAAUAAUUGAGCAAAGAUCUAAAACUUCAAUCAGUUUUGAUAGCAUGCAAUCAACACAUAGUAACCAUUCAAAUUCUAUUAAGCAUGAUCAUUGCUCAUUGACCUCAUCGAAAUCACCACCAUUAUCUCCAUCCAAUUCGUCGUCGUCAUCAUCAUCAUCAGUAGCAUCAAAUCAUAGUCUUUCAUUUAGAAAUAAUGAAAAUUCUCCGUGGAACAAUAAUCAUAACAUUCGUAGGGAUGCCACUACUAUUAAUUCUUGUAAUACAAAAUCUCAAGCAGACAUGGUUGAUAAAUCAAAUUCACCAACUGAAGAUAAUUCAUAUAAUGUUAAAUUAUCAAGAUACAGUCAUCAACAGCACCGACGUCAAUCCAAUAAACCAAAUUUAUCAUCUUAUAGUAUGUCAUCAGAUCAUGAGAUGAAUUGUGAUGAAGAAUGUCAAAAAAGACAACUAUUAGGUAAAGACUUAGAUGUAGAAGGGAAAAAGUAUAAUGAAGAUGAAGAAGAGGAGAGAGAAGGUGUUGAAUAUAAAAAUGAUUGUGUUGAUGGUGCUGAAGCUAACGGUGAUAUAGACGAUAUUGAUGGUGUUAAUCAUGUAGAUCGGAAUAAUGCUAAUGAUGAUAAUAACAAUGACGACGAUGAUGAUGAUAACGAUGAUGACAAUGAUAAUCCCUAUUCAAUUGAUCAACAAACUAACCAUCAUUAUUCAACAUCAUUUCCAACAUUGACUUCAGAUAGUUUAAGUAAUUGUAUAUCACCAAUGUUAGCUGCUGCCGCAAUGGCUGCGUUAACCACUGGUUGUUUUCCAACAUCAUGUAAUCAAUUAAGUCAGUUAAAUUAUUCAUUAUUAUCUAAAUCUUAUGGAAUAUCUCAAUUAUCACCACCACCAACUCCUUUGCAUCCACCACCACCACCACUAACAUUACAACCACCUGUACCCCCUUCAUCAUCAUCGUCGUCGGCACAUACGCAACGUUCACACAUAACAAAACAACAACAACAACUAGCAUUUUUGAAUUCAACGCCAAACAGAAAUUCAAAGGUGAGCGGUACUCAUCAUCCGCACUCUCAUCAUCAUCACCAACAUAAUAAUUGUAAUAAUAAUAAUGUCAGUAUUAAUAGUCUAUCAUCAGUCGGUUGUAAUUCGUCAUCUCCAAUUCAUUCGAUUCAUUCAAACAAUGAUGGUUAUAAUACAAUUACUAAUAAUAAAAGUAAUUAUGCAUCUACAUCACCACCACCCCAGCUUUCAUCGAGAUCGAAUAGUCCACAUCAACUGUUGAAUAAUCGAUUAGUUUCAUCAAAUAAUUUAACUUAUUUAUCAUCAAUGGAUGAUGUUGAUGAAGAGAAUGAUGAAAUGGAAAGUGAUGAAGGUGAAGAAGAGAUGGAAGGAGAAGAAAUGGACAAUUCUUCAGCCCAUGGUAAUAAUCAUCAAUGGACAUUUGAAGAGCAAUUUAAACAAUUAUACGUUAUUUCAGAUGAUCCAAAAAGAAAAGAAUUUCUCGAUGAACUUUUUGUUUAUAUGCAAAGAAGAGGUACACCAGUUAAUCGAAUACCAAUUAUGGCUAAACAAGUCUUGGAUUUAUAUGAACUAUUUCAAUUAGUUGUUGCACGUGGGGGUCUAGUUGAAGUGAUUAAUAAAAAAUUAUGGCGUGAAAUAACUAAAGGUUUAAAUUUGCCUUCAUCAAUUACAAGUGCUGCAUUUACAUUAAGAACACAAUAUAUGAAAUAUUUAUACCCAUAUGAAUGUGAAACACUUGGAUUAAGUUCACCAAAUGAAUUACAAGCUGCAAUUGAUGGUAAUCGACGUGAAGCUAGACGUAGUUCUUAUACAUUUGAUUAUCCUAUAAUGAAUCCACCAAAUACAUCACGUUCUACUUCACCAGUCAGUACGACGACGACAGGAAAUCUACAAACAACAACAAUAACAACGACUACCACUCCUAAUACGAUGACAACAUCGAAUACCAUGCCAAAUUCACCAUCUCCAUUAGGUGUAAAUCCUUCAUUAUCUAAUUCCAUUGUAUAUCCUAAUUCAUUAGGAUUUCCUAAUGGGACUAAUUCUGAUGUAAAUCAAUUAUUAUCCAAUAUUCCAACAGGUUCAACAUCAUUUUGUACGAAUAAUUUAGGAUUUAAUACCCAAUUUGGGCAAUUUAAUCCAUUUCUUACUAUACCAACAGGAUCAUUACCUACAGAUGGAUUAGGACUUCAACCAUCAUCUACAAUCUCAUCAUCUACAACAGCGUCAGCAACAGUUCCUUCCAAUCAAAUGGGGAAUAAUCCAGUGAAUUUAUUCCCACCACAUUUAUUACCAUCAAUGGUAUCUGGUCCAAAUUUUUCCAUAAUUGGAUCACAUUUUCAAGGUUUCAAUACAUCAUUAAAUAAUUCCGAUGAUCCAUUCAUAACGUCUUCAUCAUCAUCUAUACAACCAGGAACUAUUUUACCUGGUAUACCAAAUAAUUUUACUGAUCCUAAUGCUAUGGCAGCAGCAGCUGCAGCAGCGGCAACGUUGUUUGGUGCAGGAUUUCCUACACUACCUGGAGCUUUUACAGCUACACCACCAUCGUUGCCACUGUCAUUACAAACAACGAUAUCAAUAAAUACACCAUCAUUAACAACUACAGCGACGACAUUAAACAAUUCAUAUAUUGUAAAUAAUUCAUCUUUAAUUAACCAAUCAGAUGGAUGUCUUAAAUUUCCCAUAUUAAGUAAUCUGCGAAAUCAAGCGAAUCAUUCAAAUCCCAAUAAUGUAUUGAUCGAUACAAAUGAAAGUAAUACAUCUAGUGGGUUGAGGUCCAAGAAUAAAUUAACCCUACAUGAUAAUGAUGAUUGUCAAUUCACUUCAAGUUUACCAUUAAAUUUAACAGCAAAUGAAACUAACCUAAUCAAUUUAGAUGAGAAAGGUACUUCAUACAUAGAUAGUGAUCCCAGAUCCUCACUUAUGCCGUUAGAUCAUGAAAAGUUGAAUAGUAAAUUACAAUAUUAUAAUAAUGAUGAAAAUGAAUUAAUUGCUUUGCACUCAGAUGAACGAUUUAUUCAAAAGGGUGGUAAAGACAAUCUGUUGAACAAUUUCAAUGAAACUGAUCGAAAAGUAAAUAAUCCUCGUCAUCAUCAUCAUCAUCAUAAAGAUUCUACUGCCUCUGAUGGUGAUGAUGAUGACCAUCAUAACAACGAUGGGGAUGAUGAUGAUACUUUAUUACAUACUGAUUGUUCUGAUAUUCAUAAUGAAAACAUAGAAUUAACAUGUAAAUCGAAUCCACCAGUAGAAGUGAAUAAAAGUGAACUAACUGGAACAAAUAAUACUAUUAAUAAUAGUAACAGAUUACAACAAACAAACUUCGCUUUCGAAAGUGAAGAUUCAAAUAUUAAAACAGCUGCACAGGUGGCAUGCCAACAGUUAUGGGCUGCUGCCGCUGCCGCGGCUGCUGGUUUACAGUGUGGUGGCAUAAAAACGCCUGAAACAAACAAUUACGGAGUAUUAACAGGAAAUUUGAAUGGACCUCUAAAAUCUAGUCAAUUAUCUCAAGUUGAAAGUUCCAGUAACAUUGCCACUACUACUAGUAAUAAUAACAGUAACAAUAACAAACAAAUACAACAGUUGUCAUGCUCCAAGUCAUCAUCUUAUUCUUCAAGCAAAAAGAGCAAUUCUCGUGCACCAAGUCAUUUAGAUACACCAAACGCCAAAAUCCCGAAACUAUCAUCCAGUAAUCAAAUGAAUAGUAGUGGUGGGAACAGUUCCAGUGAAGUCGGUGGGAAACAAUGUAAUACUGGAUCAAAUUUAUCGAAAAAGUCGUCUGAUUUACGCAAACAAAAUGAAGCUAUUACAAUGUCAGCAAAUCUCCAUUUUAAUAAUAACAAUGCAUCAACAGGAGUAAAUAAUAGUUUAUCAGCUGCUCAGUUGUCAAUGGCAACACAGAAUUUCCGAAUUCAAACACAACCUGGUGCUCCAAUGGGACUACCACAGAAUGCUAUUGUUGUUACAAUGGAAAUGGGGAAUAUAUUAUAUCAAGGAGUAUUAUUUGGACAAUUAAAACGAUAAUUUGUGAUAGGCAUUAGAAUUCAUUCAAUUCCCUGUACUGUACUGUUUUUAUUUUCUUUUCUUUUUUUAAAUAAUCUUUCUUCUAUUGCCUCCCUACCCUCUUCCCUAAUUGAUCCUUUACUACUUCUAAUUACUAUCCCGUAUGAAAUCAAGUUGAAAGAAUCAAAAGUUAAAACCAACAAUCAACAUUAUCGACAAUAAUGAAAAUACACAAACUACGUGAAAAUCAAUAUUUUAUCAAUUUUCUAUAAUAAUAAUAUUCUUCUUAUUAUUAUUACCAUUUGUUAAUUCAUUUCACAUAGGCUAGCUGUAUUAUUUUUUAGCUAGUUUAAUUGCCCGUUGUUGUACAUAUAAUUUAUACAUAAUAUCAAAUAAAUAUAAGUUUAUACUUAGUUAUAUAAAGC